GCAGUAUUUAAAAUGUUUUUAAAAAUUUGGGCUGCGUUAAAACGAAACCUCUCAAUUUCAAUACGUUUUGCUCUCUCAUUCGCUUCUUGUUCGAGCAGGAGAGAAAAUAAAAUGUCAAAGGUCGCUGUCAACUUCACCUUGGGUGAUCUUGGUCAAAACGCGAUGGAGGUCGCUGGCGACCCGACGACAGCGGCAAGCAUGGCCGUGGAAGGCAGGAGCACUUCGUCGCUGUCGAUUCAAGGUGAUGUGUUGACGCCCAUGAAAGGCACAGGUAAGGAUAGAGCGGCUGUCCUUGCACCUACGUCAAACAACUUGGACCGAACUCGCAGUGCAUCUGCUCCCACGGCCAGACGACCGUCGUCGGAUUCGCCAUUGAGCGGUAUCGAGAAGGAACGACGUGUGAGUGGCAAUGCCAUUGAUGUCAUCCUGGUCAAGGGAACGGACGGCCUUUUGUACUCGACACCAUGGCAUGUCAUGUUCUCAUGGUCGUCAUUCAAGACAAAUGCCCAGGCAGGGGUCGGCGAUACCAUCGACGUGUACGUGAACGACCGACAGCUCGCCCACUCGAUGACGCUGAUGGAGUACGGCCGGUGCUCCUUCUCGCCGACCGACCCUGAAAACUACCUGCCGCCACCGUCGGCAUGGGAGCGGUUUCCUCUCGUGCUCGAUGGCCAGCCCAACUUUGUCCGGUUUGAGCACGUUCGUGCGUCUCGGACGUACAUUCGCACCGUCGAAUGCAAUCUGUACGUAUGGGGACCCGACGACUUUGCCGUGAUCGCUGACUUGGACGGUACCAUCACAAUCGACGACGUUGGCGGUCACAUUCGCACUCUUCGCCUUGGCCAGUAUGACUACAUUCAUGCUGGGUCUUGCGCGUUCUUCUCAAAGCUGCACUCCAUCGGCGCCCGCAUCUUCUACUUGACGGCGCGACCGAUCAACUGGGCCGGCGGCUCCCGCAUACACCUGAAGGAGGCCCGUCAAGAUGUGGACCAGCAGCUUCCUCCUGGGCCCGUAAUCACGAACUCGCUUGGUCUCGCUGGCGCCUUGUUUGUCGAGGUUCAUAUGCUCUUCCUCUCCUCCAUCCUCGUUACUCUUGUGUGUUCAGGUCGUGCACAAGAAUCCGCAUGUGUUCAAGGCCGGUGUGCUCAAGCAAGUGCAAGACACGAUGGUAGCGGCUGGUCGCACGUCGACCUUCCCAGUGUUCGUUGCGGGGUUUGGCAACCGUCCAACGGACAUCAUGGCGUACACAGAAGCUGGUGUGGAUCCGUCGUGCGCGUUCCUCAUCGACCCCACGUCGGCUCUCACGUAUGCCGCGGAGAAUAGCCCAAUAUUUGCAUCGUACACGGAUCCUCGGGCGCUCAUGUGGUUGCUUCCAAAGAUCAAGUACAAGGUGCCUCUCACGUACUUUGGACAAAUCGAUGAACUCACUGCCAAGGAAGUUGACCGAGCGGAUGACAUUGAAGUGCAGCAGAUCAUGCUGCAGCAGCAAAAGUUCGCGGUGGUGGCAGGCACAGCGAGCUCUACUGCUUCACUUGGUCCCAUGGCUGUGACGUCUCCUCCUCCGUUGUCCUCCGUGCCCGUUGACGUCACACCGAUGGAGCGCAAAUGAGCACUAAACAUGGAAAACGGUGUCAGUAUGUGCGUUUCAAAAAUGCGUAAGAAUGUUUCAACGUACCGUCCAAAUUCAAAAAUAGUACUAAAAUGAAGCGGAUGCGGAAUAUAAUGCGAAUCCAAAUGAAUUGCUUC